AUGUCCGUUAAAGAUCAAUAUAGACAAAAGAACCCAGACGAUGUUGUUAUCGUUGCCGCCUACAGAACAGCCUUAACCAAGGGUGGUAAAGGUGGUUUUAAAGAUGUCAAGUCCGACUUCAUCUUGAGACAGUUGGCCCACGAGUUUAUCAAAAAGACCAAUUUGGACCCCAAGUUGGUCCAAGACAUUGCCAUUGGUAACGUGUUGCAUGCACGUGGUGGUGACUUUGAGCAUCGUGCUGCCUUGAUGUCUGCUGGUUUCCCACAUACUUCUCCUUUUAUUGCCAUUAAUAGGUUAUGUUCCUCAGGGUUGAUGGCCAUUUCACAAGUUGCCAACAAGAUCAGAGUUGGUGAAAUCGAAUGUGGUAUUGGUGGUGGUGUUGAGUCCAUGACCAAGGAUUAUGGUCCACAGGCUCUUGUCCAAAUCGACCCUGCUUACGCCGAAAACGAAGAGUUUAAAAAGACACAAAUCCCAAUGGGAAUAACCAAUGAGAAUGUAUGUGAGAAGUUCAACAUCAAGAGAGAUGUACAAGAUCAGUUUGCUGCUUCGUCGUAUAACAAGGCUGAAAAGGCUCAAAAAGAAGGCAGAUUUAAGGAUGAGAUUUUGCCUAUUGAAGUAUACCAAGAAGACGACGACGACGAUGACGACGAUGAAAACGAAGAUGACGACGAUGACGAGCCAAAGGAAAAGAAGGUUUGGGUCAGUGAAGAUGAAGGUAUCAGACCAGGUGUCACUGCUGAGAAGUUGGGCAAAAUCAAGCCAGCUUUCAAGGAAAAUGGUUCCUCAUCCGCAGGUAACUCGUCACAAGUCACCGAUGGUGCUGCUUUGGUUUUGUUGAUGAAACGUUCAUUUGCUGAGAAGAAUGGGUACAAGCCAGUUGCCAAGUACUUGCAAUGUUCAAUCUGUGGUGUUCCACCUGAGAUUAUGGGUAUUGGUCCCGCUGUGGCCAUUCCAAAAGUCCUUAAGCAAUUGGACUUGAAGGUCGAUGACAUUGACGUUUACGAAAUUAAUGAAGCAUUUGCUGGUCAAUGCUUGUAUAGUAUCGAGAGUUGCGGCAUUCCACAAGAAAAAGUCAACAAGAAUGGUGGUGCUAUUGCAUUGGGUCACCCAAUGGGUUGUACUGGUGCUAGACAGUAUGCUACAAUCUUGAGAUUAUUAGAGCCAGGCCAAUUUGGUUUGACUUCGAUGUGUAUUGGUACUGGUAUGGGUGCCGCCUCGGUUAUUAUCAAGGAGUAG